AAAAGGGCCAAAACGCGAAAUGUGAGCGGAAUGUCGGUGGAUGGUAGGGUUUCAGUUCCCGCCAUUAAAUUCCGGCAAAUCCUCACCGUAGACGACACUCGUUGUCUUUCACUUACUAAAUACUUAUCCUUUCAGUUCGGCUAAACCAGUAGUUCCAAUGGCUUACAUCAAUCACAACCGUGCCAUGGCAGAACUUGGUCGAAUGGAUGAAGACAUAAAGUUUCAAAUUCACUGUAUGGAGAAAGAGGCAUACUGUUAUGUUUUGAGGGCUUUCAUUGCCCAAUCUGAUCUCCUUUCAUGGGGCAAGGAAGGGCUUAUUACUGAAUUGAGAAAGGAACUUAAUGUUACCGAUACGGAACAUGGAGAACUUCUUUUGCAAAUCAACUCUGACAAGUCAAUUAAAAUGAUAAGGGAAUGGCGGAAAGGUGCUCACCAUGCCCAAGAACCACUUUAUGGAAAAGUGGAUGCUUCCAGCUUUCUUCCAGGCUUUGCUCCUGAUUCAGUUGGCAAUACAGUCCCAAAAAGAGUGAAAAAUUCUCAUUCUUCAGUCUCAAAAUCUCAGAAAUAUGUUCCAUAUAGUCUACCUUCUCCAGGAACACAAUCCCGGAAAUAUGUGUCACACAUUCAACCUUCUUCUGUAACUCUUCCUUCUCCAUUGCUGGUGCAAUUCAGGGAUGAUCAACCUAACCAUGAAUCAGCUGUGAUCUCCUCUGGGAAUCCUGAGCAGUCUAUGAAGAUAGUUAAUCAUAAUAAUCAGGCACCAUCUGAUGGCAAACGAAAAGUACUGGGGAAAUUUCAAUCAAAGAAAGGUAUUCAUGCACCUGACGUUAAGAAAAGAUCCCAAGUAAUUGAGAUCCGUGCAACAGAUAAGCUUAUUCACAAGGUGGAGAGGACAAUCUAUGGUACAAAAAACCCUAACCCAGUUCAAAUUGAAGAGGCAAAGUUAACCCUAAGAGAGCAUGAAAGAGCUCUCUUAGAUGCACUUGGUAAACUUGCUGAUGUUUCAGAUGAUGAGCCGCCCUACGAAAUGCAACAUCACUACCACUCCCACAAGGAGCAUCCUGGAAAUGGACAGGGAAUUGAGGCACACUGCAACUUCUAUAGACAGGCAGGUGGGUUUCAUGGCUAUCAUAGUGAGGCUUUUGGUCAGAUGAAAUCUGUCAGAAUGGGAGUCUCUUUCCUCGAUGUGCAAGGUGAUGAAGAUACACCUUGACCUCGCCUUGUGCUUAAAAUGAUGUAGAUAAUAAGACACCGACAUCAGGCAGGAUUCAUCAUUUGGGUUGUUAACAAACUAGUCAUUGAAUGGUGAUUAUAGUAUUUUGCUGUCAUUCUAGGCCUUUUCAUUCAGGGUAUACUUCUCUUCUGUAUGAUAGUGGCUCCUAGGCCUCCAACUUAGUAGCAUGCUGAUAUCAAUUGAACAGCAACCUUGAUGUGUACUUCUUAACCAUUAGGAAUGAAUUAUGUCACUACUAUGGUUAAUGUGUGAAGGGUAAAUGCUAUGAAGAUCACAUUUACUAUAA